AUGUCUGGUUCGGAGAACGUCAGGCCUAGUGCUAAUCUAUCAUCCCGUUCAAAAAACACCCAUGAUCGCCAGGGAGCACAGUUCAACCGCCAGCAGUACAUCGCCCAGCUCGACGGCAUGUAUGAAAUGGUGAAAGCCCUGACGUCGCCAUUUCUUGAGCCCUCGGAAUACCGAAACCUCAAAAUCUACUGUCGUUCUCUGCUUAUUUCUGACGAUGGCAGCUAUUCACAACCAGUGAGGCCGUGUUUCUUUGAGCCUCUUCCUCUACAAGCGCUUCAUGAACACCCAAUAGAUUUCGACUACGACGGAGAGGUUCAACGGCCCACCGCCAUGCGCAGCGCAGUCGUUCUUGCAUAUCGCAUGGAGUGGGAGUUUGGGGGAUGUCCCAGGAAGAAUUUCGCUGAUGAGGGAGACACGAUCAAGUCACUAACUCCAUGGAACACAGGCGCUUGCGAUGAAACAGUUUUCCAUUCUUAUUACUACGAGGACUUGUUCAAAAGGAGGUUUUUCACUCCAUCGGUGGCGUGGCAGCUUCCACCACAAUACCCCCACACCAUGUUCAUUCUCCAGCAUAAUAUCCAAGAGCAAGAGAGGCUGUUCCGCGGGGAGGUGAUGUCCAUUCUUGCCGCAAUCAUUACCCGGAUGGAGCUUCCAGAGCUAUCUGAGCAUAUGGUCAUCCCGGUCUUCGUCCUAUCCUUCAUGGGCAAGCAGCAUGGAAGAAUCCCACAGGCCUUCUACAAUGGAACAGUCCUCAACAUUUGGAUGUCGAAGCUGUUUGAUUUCACAACGCUAGAGACGGCCGAGCCCAAUUUCCGGAUAUUCCUUCAGCAAAUGACGAAUCAACCUGUUGGUACAAUGGCGGAUCAGAUGCCAAUGGAGCUUCCUCUUAGGCAGAGGUAA